AUGAGUCCCAGCGGCUCACGAGUUGCCUUUCAAGAUCUGAAUGAAUGGAAUUUGUUCCUCAAAACACCCGAGGCUCGAGAAAUCUUCCGAGGAGCCGGAAAAGGGGUCUCGCACAACUGCAUGAUGGCUCAGGUGUCAGCCCUCCGGGAUGCAUUGCCGGACGAGGAGCUCGCGGCACGUCUUGAUAAGGUUCGCACCAGCAAGGAAUCAACUUCAACUCAAGAGUUGACUCCAUCUGAACUGGCACUCAAUGGUGAGGUGGAUUCGUCGCCGGGUCCUCAAGAAAAGGCUGUGACUCUAUCGGGCAUGCGAGCCUCUGUCUCAGCCAGUCGAAAUUCAGGCCGAGUAGAGAACUUCCUUGAUGAAUGGCUUAAAAAGGCUAAGACUGUUGCAUGUAGUACAAACUGUGAUAUGAUUGUAUUUGCGGUAUCAAGACACCUAGGGCCACAUUCCUUCCAGUUGGUCAAAACGACACACGGUGCGACCCCAUUCCGCAAGUACGCCGACGACAUCAAUGGCCUGAACACCUAUGCAGCUCGCUUUCAGUCCUACUUGACUGGACACAGCACCGAUCAGAUUGCCGAGCUUGCCGAGGGACUUGAGAAGGACCCAUCAAGACCCAUCAGUGUCACAACACGGAUGUCCCGCCUCAUUGCCAAGAAAACAGAGAAGAUACUGGUCAAAUGGCCUUGGUCAAGAAACGAGAAGAAACUUGCGGCGGCAGGCUUUCGCCUUGUCCUCCACCCUGAAAUACGAACUCCUUAUGAGAAGAUCUCCUCACCAAGCCGUCGCCUCACGCCGACCAAUAUCCGCCGGCUUCAUAUUGACUUGGAUGACCGAUUUAUUGACAUUGUCAAAGUAAAUCCUUCAACCAAAUCCAACAACACUGACUCAGAUGCAAGCAGUAGCGAAUUGACGCCUGUUCCUCAAGGCAAACAAUCAACCGCUGGUAAUCAAGUCAAACGACCGAAGCCUGUUCAUCAAGCAAAACAACCAAACCCUAGUCAUUGA